AUGUACAAACAUUAUGAGCCGCAUUUUAGGAUACGUUCAGAUCGAUCGAGGAUAGCUGCUGAUUCACUGCUUUUUUUAGAAACAAUUGUGAUGCAUUCCAUCGAGCUCCUCUUACUCUGCUGUAUUAAUGUUUUACGAACUUAUGGUGCCCCAAACAGCUUCUCUAUCGGUGGUCGUGCUAGAGCUCCACCAUCGUUUUGGUCAGCUGGGAUGCAGAAUGACAACAGCCUUUCAGACGAGCCUGCUCUACUAAAUAACAGUGCUCAAAUUGAUCCGGAAAUCGCAAUAAAAAAGGUUUGUGUUUCUGACAUGCCCUAUAGUGGAGGAAACAAUCCUGAGGUAACCAACGAGGUACCGCUUUCCAAAAUUGAUGCUCUUCCUCCUUCUGCGAUAGAAAGCAAUUCCAAAGAACCUCCCUUAUUCAAUGCAUAUCCACAAGCUGAACCACCAACGAAUGGUUUUUGGCCUGAUCCAAAAGCUGUUCGGGAUUUCCACAAACGUUUGAAGGAUCCAACUUUUGGCUCUAGGCCAGAAAACAAUGAUGCGGGCUCUAGGCCAGGAACAAACGAUCUCGGCCCUAGACCAGAAACUGUCAACACGCAAAAGGAAUCAGCCUUCAUUCAUCAUGCGGAUAAUAGUGACUAUACUCAGCCGCUACCUCUCGUCACUUUCCCGCCAUUCACCUUCAGAAUCAUAGCCGAACCACUACCUACUUCAACACCAACUCCAUUCUUUCCUCCACUCGCUCCCAUAGCUACUCCUUCUCCUGUUCCUAUCGAGUUGAUGGUCCAUUGGAUCUAUGACGUAGACGACAGGAAUGGCAACAUGGGACCUGGGGAAAAUUCCUACCCGGGAGUAGUCAUUUAUCCCCAAGCUUUAUCAUUAAAUCCCCCGCCAAUUCUCUGUAAUCCUGGAGUUAGGUUUGAACCAGCAAUGCCGUGUUAUCUUGAGGAUACAUUCAAUCCUCCCGCUCCUAUAUUCCCAAUGGAAAGACCACCAUUUCUUCUAGAAGCUCCUGAUGAUAUUGUCGCUGAGUAUUUCAAGAUAACUAUGGACGAAAAGCUGACGAAAGGGGAGAUGAAAAGAGCUUUGGAAGUUUGGAAAGCAUCUUUACCUCCAAUUUUACUGCAAAAAUAUGAGGAAACUGAAGCCGAAAGAGAAAGACUGUCCUUGCUUGAGCGAGAUCUUCGAGCACAACGAGUAACUAGACUCAGUCCAUUGGCUCGGCAAGUAGCUGAUGAAAUUGAGGCCAUUCGAACAAAUGAAGACUUUACUGUGAUGGAAGAAGAACAUAUGAUCGAAGAGAUCUUACAAAGUAUACCAGAAGAUAUACUACAGGAGUUGUUGGCUCCAUAA